CUGUGUGUCGUUCUUUAGUCGUUGCGACUCGUGUGUGUGUGUGUCUCUCUCUCUCUCUCUCUCUGUGGUGAGUUAGCUGUCUGUCUGCCUGCCGCUCCUCUCCACUGCAUCCUGACUGACUGAAGAGCUCUGUCAUUGACUCAUCCCGUUCUUUAUAAGGAGGUGUUAAUGAUGAGCAACCGCUUCACAUAAUACUGGAACCAGCCAGCCUGAACAGACCAGACCUUAACAGACAGACACAGUCAACCACCGGACUGAAGCCAGCCUGAACAGACCAGACCUUAACAGACAGACACAGUCAACUACCGGACUGAAGCCAGCCUGAACAGACCAGACCUUAACAGACAGACACAGUCAACUACCGGACUGAAGCCAGCCUCGACAACCACAGAGAGCAGAGCAGAGGGGACUGUAAGAAUGUCAGUCUGACGGAGACAUAGACUGUUGUCCUGUUUUAUUCUCAAUCUUCAAGACUUCCACCCCCUGGAUGGUGUGCAGGACACAGCUGCUUGUGGAGUAUGGGUACAACUGCCAGCGCAGCGCCACAACCCGUCUCUGUCUCAGGCUCCAUAUCCUCUGUAGCAGCGCCCCAGCAUCCUCCUCCGCGUGAGAGUCUCCAUGGCAACGGGGCGGUGAACAGCAGGCAGUCUCUCAGCAUGAGCUCUUCCCAGACGGUGAAGAUCCACAGCGGCAAGGCCAAGUCUAUCAUCACCAACAAGGUGGCGCCUGUCGUCAUCACAUAUAAUUGCAGACAGGAAUUUCAGAUCCACGAUGACCUCUUCAGAACAAACUACAAAGUGGGCCGGAUAUCAGACUCAAUGCCUGAACACUACUUGGUACAGGGUGAGUUCUUCAUGGUCCAGGACGUGUACAGCAAGGCUGACGUCCUCAACACUACAGGCAGCUACGGAGCGCCAAACUACCGCCAGGUGAAAGGAAGCUACCCGCUGUACGGCAUGGGCCAGCCCAGCCUGAAUGGCUUCAAACAGGUCCUCCAAAGACUACAGAGUCAAGGGCAUGAGGAGGUGAUGUUCUUCUGUGUGCGUGAGGAACCGGUGGUGUUCCUGCACCUGGAGGAGAACUUUGUUCCAUACACCCCGCGGAGGAAGGAGAACCUCCAUGAGAAUCUCCAUGGCCUGGACAAGGAGGAGACGGUGGAGACCCUGGAGCUCACCAUCAGGAAGGAGCUCCACGACUUUGCCAAGUUGAACGACAACGCGUUCUACGUGUAUAACGAUAUCGAGCACUUCAAGGGCGAGCCUCAGAGGAGGACCAUCACCUGUGAGGAGGACAUCCAGGUCACAGAGGAGGUCUACAGGAGACCUCUGUUCACCAUGCCUCUCUACAGGUACUACCGGCUGCCACUACCGAUGGAGGGAGCACCUCUAGAGGAGGAUUUUGAUGCCUUUGUUACUGUUCUCAGGGAGAGCCCCAACCUGUCUCUGAGAAGGGAUGUUUCCAGGCCUCUGCCUGCCCUGUUGUUCAGCUGUCAGGUGGGGGUAGGGCGGACCAAUCUAGCCAUGAUCCUGGGGACCCUGGUCCUCAACCACCUGAAGACAACCCAGGAACCACCACAAGCGGAAGAGGCAGAAGCCAAGCCCCUGUUCCAAGUCAUUCAGACCCUCAUCAACAGACUUCCUGAAGGCCAACAGGUCAUGGAAGAGGUUGACCAAGCGAUCGCUCUGUGUUCAGAAAUGCACAACAUGAAAGAAGCGAUGUAUGAAAAUAAGAAGAAGCUGGAAGCGAUCGGAGAUGAUUAUCACAUUCAGGGAAGCACAACCAAAGACUACUUUCUCCACAGAGCCAUCCAGAGCCUGGAACGUUAUUUCUACCUGAUUGUGUUCAACGCGUACCUUCAUGAACAGUAUUCUCUUGGCUUUGCGUCCAACUUCAGCCAGUGGCUGUGUGCUCACCCCUGGGUGUACCGCCUGCUGGCCUGUAUGGACCUAUCAGAACUCUCCGCUCCACCUGAUCUCGUCACCAAGGGAGCCCGCGUUCUGGUUGCUCAUGAGUACCUGUCUCCAGACAUACUCAGCACAGUGAAGGAGAUGAAGGUGGCUAACUUCAGAAGAGUCCCCAAGAUGCCUGUCUACGGCAUGUCUCAGCCUACAUCAGAGGCGACGGGUGCGGUGUUGACCCACCUGACGGAUGAGAAGAGGAAGUACAGCCACGUCCUGUGGGUCAACCUGCAGGAGGAGCUGGUUCUGGAGGGGAACGGACAGAUCUUCACCCCCAGAGAACCUUCCUGUAUGGGACAACACAUCCCUGUCCCCGCCACAGACCCCACGCAGAUAGAGAAACUAGAGACGGCCCUGGGAGAGGAGGUUCAGAGAGCCCAGAAGUGGCUGGAGGUGACUCUGGAGCAGGAGAAACAGAUGAAGAUGUUUAAAAGCUGUCUGACGGUCCAGGAGGUGUUCAAGCAGUACCAGAGAACACACCAGGGACUGUUCUAUAAACGUAUCCCUCUGGCAGACUGCUGCGCUCCCAAGGAGGAGGACUUUGACCAGCUCUUGGAGGCCAUGAAGAGUACCUUGGCAGAGGACUCUCACUCAGCCUUCGUGUUCAACUGCUCCAACGGCAAGGGAAGGACCACCACGGCCAUGGUCAUAGCUGCUCUCACUGUCUGGCACUUCAAUGGCUUUCCUGAGUUUGGUGACGAUGAGAUUGUCAGUGUUCCUGAUGCCAAGUACACAAAGGGAGAAUUCAAGGUGGUGAUGCAGCUAGUCAGACUACUGCCGGACGGCCACCAGAUGAAGAGGGAGGUGGACAUGGCUCUGGACUCAGUUAGCGAGACCAUGACCCCCAUGCAUUACCACCUCAGAGAGAUAAUCAUCUGUACCUACAGACAGAUUAAAAGUGGUAAGAGUGAGAAGGAGGUACAGCAGCUGCAUCUGAAGAGUGUCCAGUAUCUGGAGCGUUACAUGUACCUGAUCCUCUUCAACAGCUACCUGCAUCUGGAGAAGAAAAACUCCUGGCAACGAUCCUUCACCACCUGGAUGCAACAGGUGGCAGCCAGGGCCGGGGUGUACGACCUUCUCAACCAGCUGGGUUUCUCCGAGUUUGAGAACCUUCGGGACACGCCACUUGCCAGGCUCCGCUGCCGGUGGCAACGACAGAACAUCCAAUCACGUCCCUUCAGGGGGGCGUUGAUCUGAGCUGAGGAGAGAUCACUGUGAACCGCCAGACUAUGGCUGUUUCUGAAGUGGUACUCUGUUCCCUGUAUAGUUCACUACUUUUGACCAGGGCCCUCUGCACUCUAAAGGGACUAGGGUGCCAUUUUAUACAACCUAUGUCCUCCUGUGAUUUUUAUUUUAUUUUUAUAUAUACCUUUAAAAUUUAAUAAUGCUUUGUAUUUUGAAAUGUAAUAAUGCUUUGUAUUGUUACCCUCGUAUCACUCUGAUACUGUAUUAUUAUAAUACUGCUUUUUACAAACCCACUACCAAUGUUAAUUAGUAUUAGAAUGGAUGUUUCAGUACUGUCAGUCGGUAUUUCCUGGUUCUGAUGCUUCUGCUCUGACUGCCGCCGAGAUUCAAGCUGACAUUUUUACGUCUCAUUUGCUCUAUUGUUCCAUUGUUAAUAUAGGAGGAGAAUUCAUUCAUAUUUUGCCCCCUUGGUGAGAACUGCCUUACUAGUAUGGACCCUAUAGGUUUACUAGUAUGGACCCUAUAUGUUUACUAGUAUGGACCCUAUAGGUUUACUAGUAUGGACCCUAUAGGUUUACUAGUAUGGACCCUAUAGGUUUACUAGUAUGGACCCUAUAGGUUUACUAGUAUGGACCCUAUAGGUUUACUAGUAUGGACCCUAUAGGUUUACUAGUCUGGACCUUAUAGGUUUACUAGUAUGGACCCUAUAGGUUUACUAGUAUGGACCCUAUAGGUUUACUAGUAUGGACCCUAUAGGUUUACUAGUCUGGACCCUAUAGGUUUACUAGUAUGGACCCUAUAGGUUUACUAGUAUGGACCCUAUAGGUUUACUAGUAUGGACCCUAUAUGUUUACUAGUAUGGACCCUAUAGGUUUACUAGUAUGGACCCUAUAGGUUUACUAGUAUGGACCCUAUAUGUUUACUAGUAUGGACCCUAUAGGUUUACUAGUAUGGACCCUAUAGGUUUACUAGUAUGGACCCUAUAGGUUUUAUCAGAGGAGGUUUAUAUUCACCUGGCAGAACAAACAGCUUAGUCAUUAGGGGUUGAAAUGAAGGGUUAAAGUAGGGUUACGUUUAGGGUUAGAAACCAGGGUUAUGUUAAGGUUAGUUUGAGGUUAUGUUAAGGUUAUUUUGAUGUUAUGUUAAGGUUAGUUUGAGGUUAAGGUUCGUUUGAGGUUAUGUUAAGGUUAGUUUUAGGUUAUGUUAAGGUUAGUUUGAGGUUAUGUUAAGGUUAGUUUUGAGGUUAUGUUAAGGUUAGUUUGAGGUUACGGUAAGGGUUAGAGUUAGGGAAAGGCUUCAACUUUUGGGCUAGCGGAACUCCACCUCCGUAAAUAUUCUGCCAGUUAAAUAGACACCACCUUAAUCAGAAGACAGUAUUAGUCUGUACUAGAACGUAUUGGAACGUUUCUCCAGUUUAAAAUAUAGUUGAAACUACAGACUUUUAAAACAAACAGCUUCUUUGUUUAGAUGGAAUACAUUUCUGUUACUUUUAAUCGACAUACAGUAUCGGUUGUCUCCAAGUCCACUCCCAGGUAUUCGUUUGCCAAACUGCUGUAGAUGCUGCCAAAGCUAAGCUUCUGCUCUGUGUUUUACUGCUGUUUGCAUGUGCCUCAGUCCUCACUUCUUCACAGCGGUUUCUCCUCUCAUUAAAGGGCUAAUCUGCGUCAGGUUCAUCCAUCUUUUAGAUAUAUUUUUCCUUCAAUAAUGAUAUAUACCAAUUGAUCCUUGAAGAAUAGAACUUGUAAAUGGCUCGAGUUAAAUCCAACUGUCGUACCCCAUCAGAACCCCAAAAUAUACGCUUGUUUUACUCCAAGGUUUGUAAAAGAAUGUCAAUGUAAACCCUGUAUAGCCUCAAAACAUGGUUAAACUAUAAUGUUGAUAUCA